AUGGCUUACUCGCUGGUCACCUCGUACGCCGGGGACGCCCUCAUCAACGGCUUCAACUGGGUGGACACGCGUGAUCCUUCGAAUGGCUACGUCAAGUACCAGAGUCAGACCAACGCCGCUAGCGAGGGCCUCUUCGCCGUCGAUGAGCUGACCGGCGUUGUUCGCCUCGGCGUCGACGACACGAACACCUACGCAGUCUCCUCGGGCCGCCCGAGCAUCCGCAUCGAGAGCAAGCUUGCCUACAACCAUGGACUCUUUAUCGGGGACUUUCUCCACAUGCCUCCGUCGCAAUGCGGCGUAUGGCCAGCUUUCUGGGCGUACGGACCCAACUGGCCCGCCGGGGGUGAGAUUGACAUCAUUGAGGGCGCCAACACGGCGCACCGCAACAUCAUCUCGGCGCACACGACGCCCGGGUGUAAGCUCGGUCCCGACGUGCUCGCCAUGGCCGCGGGCACCGCGCAGACGACCGACUGCGACGUCGGCAACCAAAACAUUGGCUGCGGCUACGUGCCGGCCGCCAACGACACCUCCUCCUACGGCGACACCUUCAACGCCGUCGGCGGCGGCAUCUAUGCCAUGCUCUGGGACGACGACUACAUCAAGAUCUGGCACUUUGACCGGGCCUCCGCUCCGGCCGACAUCGCGGCCAAGCAGCCCGACCCGGAGGGCUGGCCCCGCCCGCAGGCAGUCUAUGGCGGCGACUCGUGCGACGUCAGCGCCAAGUUUCGCGACAUGAGCAUCGUGCUCAACGUCAACUUUUGCGGCGACUACGGCAACGCGGUCUGGGCGAGCGAUGGGUGCACCGCGCUGGCGCCGACCUGCGCCGAGUGGGUGGGACAGAACCCGGCCGCGUUCGCCCACGCCUACUGGGACGUCAAUUACAUUGACGCCUACGUCCUGGGUGCGGCGAGCAACGGUACGGCGACGCCGAGCGAGAAGACUCCGUCUGGCCCCAGCAGCAAGACGAGCAAAGCCUCGCUCCCUUCCUUUACCAGCGUGCCCGGACCUGCCAACGGCAUCUAUACGCACUUCCCCGCCCGCAACUCCACGAGAGGCAAUGCCACCAGCUCUGUCUCCUCCUCCUCGCCGUUCCUCUCUGCCACCGCCGAGAACAAGUUGCCCGAGAACACCCCGACCGCCGCCGCCGGCCCCAUCCCGACUGGGUCGCUGCUCCCGCGACCCGCGCCCAGCGCCAAUGCGCACGCCAACCCGGCCAACAUCGACGACUUCUCCUACCUCGGCUGCUUCGGCUCCAGCAGCGGCUUCGCCUCCUUCACCAAGGUCGCCGACAGCGCCGACAUGGAUCUUGGCAAGUGCACGGGCCUGUGCCGCGGCAAGAAGUACGCCGGCGUCUUCGACACCACCUGCUACUGCGCCUCGGAGCUCGACCCGGACACGCGCGUCAGCGCCGACGCCUGCGACACGGAGUGUCCCGGCGACGACAGCCAGUUCUGUGGCGGCCGCCUCGGGCGCCGCAACCACGGCGGCAGCGGACUCCCCGCCUUCGGUCCAAUCGCCUCCGGUCCCAUCGCCGCCACGGCCAACGUCACUCUGCCGGAGAGCACCUCGAGCGUCGUCUCCGGUGGCGCCGUGCCGCUGCGGACGGACGGUGGUAGUGCUGCUGAUGGCUCGGUUGGUGGUUACACGUUCAAGCCAAGCGGCUCUGGACAGCCUACCCCCACGGGUCCCGGCAGCCCAGUUCGAGUCGGCAACGACACGUCCGGUCCGAGCUUUGUCAACCCGACAGCCCCCGAGAUCCUCUCUGGUAGCUCCGGCAACUUUGCUUCUGAAUCGGCCGUCGCUAGCGGCACCGGCGCAGCUGCUGCUGCCUCCCCCACGAUCAGCAGUGCGGCCAAGUUCAACGUGACUAGCUUCGGGAGGCUCUCCGCCUCCGGCCCCUCCGGCUUUCAUCGCGCUCUGCAGUCCAAGUCAUCUUCCGCUCCCGCCGAUAUUGUCGCGGCCAGGCUCAACUCCACCAUCCCCCGGAUCUCGACUCUCGUGUCGCCCAGCGGCACCGGGAUUGCUGCCAGCACCGUCGCCGACGGUCCCGUGGUGACCAUUCCCGUCUACCCCAUCUCCAUGAAGAACGUAACCGAGCCCACUCCUAGCAGCCCUAGGAUCGGGACUGCCGACGGUCCCGUGGUGACCAUUUCCGUCUACCCCAUCCCCAUGAAGAACGCAACCGAGCCCACCCCCAGCAGCCCCAGGAUCGCGGCUGCCGUUCCCGGUGCUUCCGCUGCCGUGCCGAAAGGUCCCGCUGCCGUUCCCAGCGGUCCUGCUCCCGCGAUGUUGUUCCCCAACUCGACCACCCUGGUCGGCCGUCGCCUGCUCGCCGCCCGCGGACGCCCGGACGGGCUGUUGGGCCUCCAUCCCGGCAGCAUACACGGCCGCGAGGCCGCGGACUUCCUGCUCACCGUGUACGCGGCGGUAGCCAAGGAGGAGCCGCCGAAGCAGCCACCCGGCAUGGGCAACACCGAGCCCCACGCGCCGCCGCCCGUACCGCAGGCCAAGCUCCCCAGCGCCAGCGACGUCGCCGCCGCGACCCCGGCGCCGACACCCGCCGGCAGGAGCACCACCACCACCGUCGUGACCACCGUCAGCUACGAGACCGUCUACCCGUCGAACCCGUCCAGGAUCGUCACCGAGGUGUUCGUGACGACCAUUGUGAGGGCGCACUGCGGCUGCACAGAGACCCCGGUGCCGGUCAUGACGGUGCCCAUGUCGACCAAGGUCGUCUCCUGCUCCGCGUGCGGCCGCAACGGCGAGAGCACGGUGACCAUCACGGUACCUUGCUCCGUCUCCCUUGCCGCCACCCCGACGCCACCGGCCUCGGGCGCAAUUGCCCCCCCUCCUCCUCACGCCUCUGCCGGCGGCGAGCCUCCGGCGAUCACCCACAAGCCGGCGCCCCCUGCGCCUGGCAAGUAUGAGCCGCCCAAGCCCAGCAACAAGGUGACGCCUGCUGCUCCUGCGCCCAGCGGCAAUACUCCUCCUCCUCCCGCACACAAGGGCGACGAGCCUUGGAAAUCUGGCGCCAGCGUCCCCCCGGCCCCCAGCGGCGGCAAGUCGCCUUCCGGACCGCCCUCGAGCCCUCCCAUCGUCGUCGCCGGCGCCUCGGGCUUCAAGGUGACGUCGCUGCUCUUCACCACCGUGCUGGCCAUGGUUCUUCUCCUGUAG